AUGGACCCCACCAAGAUGACUGACUCCAAGGAGUUCGCUCGUGUAGCUGAAAUCAGCAGUCUUGAAGUGGGAGAGCAAGAAAGUAAACCUCAGGGUAGUUUAUUCCGAAGAGUUAUUGAUGGCUUCAAACCAGCGGAGAUAGACAAGGUCGACACCUCGGGCAUGUCCGAAGAAGAGAUCCAGGCGAUCAUGAUGUCGCGCCAACCCCUCAAACGCAAACUCAAGAACCGACACAUUCAGAUGAUCGCUAUUGGAGGAUCAAUUGGCUCGGGUCUAUUUAUUGGCUCUGGUGGCUCUUUCAAAACAGGUGGGCCGGCUGCUGUGGUUAUUGGUUUUGCUAUCAUUGGUUUCAUGCUGUUUGGAACAAUGAAUGCCCUCGGCGAGCUUGCGGUUCGCUACCCCAUUUCUGGUUCCUUUUCUGUGUUUUCUGUUCGCUUCCUUGAUCCCUCCUGGGGAUUUGCCAUGGGCUGGAAUUAUGCAGUCAUGUGGCUUGUGGUUUAUCCUCUUGAGCUUAUCGCGGCAGCCGUGGUGAUCAAUUACUGGAAGUACGAUGACAAUGGAGCGACCAAUGUCAACAAAGCUGCAUGGGUCUCAUUGUUUUAUGUUUUGAUUAGCGUUGUCAAUGUUUUUGGCGUGCGAGGAUACGGUGAGGUCGAGUUUAUUCUAGCUAUUGUCAAGAUAUUGGCUGUGGUGGGCUUCUGUAUUUUUGGCAUUGUGGUUGCCGCUGGUGGAGGACCUAGCCACAAGUACCUUGGUGCUCAUUACUGGCAUGACCCUGGAGCGUUUGCUCAUGGUUUCAAAGGUGUCGCAGCAGUGUUUGUUAACGCGGCAUUCGCGUUCACGGGAACAGAGCUUUCCGGUUUAGCAGCCGCAGAAGCACUUAACCCUCACAAAACUCUUCCUCGAGCAGUCAAGCAGGUGUUUUGGCGUAUUAUUUUGUUCUACAUUGUUUCGUUGACCAUUGUCUCCAUGUUGGUCCCUUAUAACAACCCCAAUCUUGGAACUGCCUCUGACGGUAGCGCUUCACCAUUUGUUAUUGCCAUUAAAAAUGCCGGUGUUAGCGGCCUGCCUUCGGUGUUCAACGUGGUUAUUAUUCUCGCUGUUCUGUCUGUUGCCAACUCUUCGGUGUAUGGCUGCUCGCGAACGCUCACAGCUUUAGCGCAUGUUAACAUGGCUCCUCGCUGGUUCAAGUACAUUGAUCGUGAGGGACGUCCUCUUGUUUCAAUUUUGUUCACCUUGGCAGUGGGUAAUCUCUGUUUCCUUUCGGCCUACGACGGCUAUGGCAAGGUAUUCGAUUGGCUCUUGGCAUUUACAGGUAUGUCCUCAAUUUUCACCUGGGGAUCGAUCUGCCUGUGUCAUAUCCGUUUCCGCCAUGGUAUGCGGGUGCAGGGUAGGUCUCUCGACGAGCUCACGUUCAAAGCACAAGCUGGUGUUUGGGGUUCCUGGCUUGGUUUCGCUAUCAACAUGGCAGUGCUGGGCCUGCAGUUUUGGAUGGCCCUGUUCCCUCCGGGCCAGUCACCGGACGCUCAAACUUUCUUCAAGAGCUAUCUGUCUGCGCCGGUUGUGUUGUUAUUCUACAUAGGGCACAGAAUCUGGACUCGAAACUGGAAGCCGUACAUUCGUGGCAAAGAUAUGGACCUCGAUAGUGGCAUGCGGCAGGUUGACAUCGAAGCCAUCAAGCGCCUUAACCAGGAGGAGGAUCUGCACAUCAAGUCGCGCUCUAUUUUCUACCGUAUUUAUCGCUUCUGGUGCUAA